UGUUUUUAUAUCAGCUGUGAAAUUAAAUUACCGCGCGAAAUAAGCAAAUCAAAGCAGAAAUGUCACAGUUGGGGUGUCCUCUUGGUGCCAGAAUCAUAGUAGGUUACAUUUUACCCGAAAAGAAGGUUAAUAAGGCCGAAAAUGAAGAUUCUGAUUGGGAAGAUGACGACGAGGAGGAAGAAGCACAGCCGGAGUUUCUGGAUAUGAAAGAGAUGGACAGCGUAAGUUCUGGAGGACAUAUGUUUGAUUCCUCCGUACCGUCCCGAAACGAAGUUGAUUUCCUGGACAUUGCGUCUGGUAAGAGAUGGAGAGUAAUGGGCCGGUUCAGUCUGAAGGACCCAUGGUGGGAGGCUACCUGCACAGCUCACGCAGCCAGGGGCAAGCUGGUGCUGCGGGGCUACCCUGCCUACCGCCUUCGCUCAGACCUCCAGGUGGACCAGGGUCGCUCCAUCCUGUCUCUGUUCCUCACAGCCUGUGGCGUCAAUGCACAGUUUGUCACCCCGUUCUUUGAUUGGCUGCCGAUAGGAAGGAAGGUGGAGUUUGCUAACUUGCAGGAAGUUCUGUCUGAGUUUGAGGAAGGAGAGCAGCACAGAGCUUUGGCACAGCAGAUUAAAGCCUUGGUCUCUGUUUCAGUUGCAGGGAUGCGCGUCACGGCUGCCUCUCUGUACCCCAAUGUGAUGAGAUACCUGCCUACCCUACUGCCAGGGCGCUUCACAGAGCUACUGGGCCGGGGAAAGAAAAGCCAGAAACGUCCUGCUGCACAGGGUGCUACACAUGUCACACAGAUAGAGGAGGAAGAGGAGGAUCUCAGCUUGCUGGCCAAAAUAGAGGAGAUUAUCAAGACUGACGUCUGGAAGCUGGGCUUUAACUAUGUGAUGUCCGACAGCUGCCCAGUAUCCAGCCAGGAAACACCUUGUAUGACCUGUUCCACAGUCUGGGCCGAGCCCACUGGGCCAUCGAGAUGAGGACCAAUCACAGAGCUGAGUCUCAACUCAUCGUCAACAACGCAGGACAAAUCGCAGAGAUGGGAUUGACUCAUAGUUUCCGACCGCUCCACUACGACGCCAUCUUGGAUCUGAAUGGGAGUUACACCAUGCCCUCUGAAGACAAGAGGUUCAUCCUCAUCCUGCUGCCCAACACCAGCGAGGACUCUAACUAUGACCUCCAGAUGGCCAUCCAACUGUUAUUGAAAGCUGCUCCAGGACUGAAGAAUGAUGCCACGUCACAGUUCAUUGCCUUCAGAAGGUAAGA